AUGUUGGUACAAGUUUUACCAUCUUGUUACUGGUACGGGAAAACGGAGGAGGAGAACGAGCCCGAGAAUCUAGCAGAGAUCCGAAGAUUAGCAACUCCUCGCCCAGACCUAUCGCUGUCCGGCUUUUCUGCAGAAGAUUUCAAAAAGGUUGAAACGGCAUAUUGCACUGCGUUCAAGAGAUGGGAACUUUCAGCUUCGGCGAUCCCUUUCAUCGAGGGUUACAACCCCCAGGAUGCUGGCGGGGGCACUCUAUUCAAUAACCUUGCGCUCCCAACAGAGGAUACUUCGACCCAGACAAAGCCCGAUAUCUACAACGGCGCACGCCGAGGGCGCUUAGAUCAGAAGAUCCGCAAGGAUCUCAAGAACUUGAUCAUCCCAUCCCCAAAGGAUGGUCUUCCAGUACCGCCCAACUUCUUCAUGGAGGCACAGGGCGAUCCCGGAGAUCCCAAUGUGGCCAAGCGACAGGCAUGUUUUUAUGGUGCGCUUGGGGCGCGGGGAAUCCAGGCGCUCCGAUCGUAUCAACCUGGCAAGUCUCAUUGUGAAACUGUCUACGAUAAUCGUGUGUAUACCAUCACCGCCGCUUAUAUUGAUGGCGUGCUCAGUUUGUUUGCUCAUCACCUGAAGGGGCCUACGGACCAGGUAAAGCGACCGACGUGCUUCAUGGUACCUUUGAAGUCAUUUUUGCUCAUGGAAAGCCUUGAAAGCUUUCGGGAAGGGGCAACAGCAUAUCGCAAUGCCCGGGACUAG